UAGUCCUUCGAACUUUCCCGACCAAACCCGCAGUCCACCCCGUCUCCUUCCUCGCUCUCUUCGUCGCUAACCCACUCCGGCGACGGCGCUGCCUCCGACCCUCCGCCCCACGCCCCAUGCCACCUUGCUCCCCCCACCACCUCUCCGCCGCACCAUGUAGCCAUCGCCUACCCCCCACGCCGCUGCCUUGUUCCCCUGCCAAAACAGAGCAAGCGACAAGGUUCGAUUUUUGCCGCCGCCUGGUUCACCUGCGCGUCGUGGAUCACCUCCUCGCCGGCUAGCCUCCGUCGACCUCAUCCCUUCCCCCCACAGCCCCACCCCGCCGCCGCCGCGUCAUCUUCGGCCGGUGGCCCCGCCAUGCCGCAGCUUCUUCGCCAGCAAGCCGAUGCCGCCUUCCAUCCCGUGUCGCUGUCGCCAGCAGGUAGACGACACCGUCCACUCCUGUUCAGCCACGGCACCAUCAUCCAGCACCACAAGGCCGUCCACUCCUGUUCAAGAUUUCAUAUUCAGAGGAAGCAACAGCAGCACGAAGAGAUUACACUGGAUGUCUACUCCUUAUGCUUGCAACAACAACAUCACUGAGAGAUUACAAAAAGGAACAACAACAGUUGCUACAAAUCAAUCUAUAGAUCAGAGAUUACACUAUACCUUCUUCUCCAGAGAUGAUCAGCAGCGAAGAACAACAGUGCAGCACGAGCACGAGCUCCACCGGCAAGCAUGGAGCAUGGGAGAGCGUGCACGCACCCGAGCUUGGGUGGCGGCGGCGCUGGUUUUUGGUCACCAGAGGAGCUAAUGACGAGCUCCAAUGGCGGUGAGCGGCAGACCACCACGGCCAGGAGAACCAGCAACCAAUCGACAGCGGAAAGGCGACCUGGAGGACCCGAAGAUCACCCUGAAGCUGUUGAUCAGCUCGGGGAAGCCAUAGGAGGAGCGAUGGCAUUGAGCUCGUGUGCGGAAUCGGCGGCCGGAGUGGGAGGAGACGGGAUCGAUUCCGUCGAUCCACGGCUUCCCAGCAAGCGUGGCUCAAGGACACUACUAGGGAAAACCUUAUACACCGAAUCUUAGCAGCAGCGUGGUUUAAAACCAGACGCUACUGCUAAUUAGCAGUAGCGAGCUCCAGAGAGCAGCGCUACUAAUAUCUAAGUAGUAGUAGCGCUCUAUGCGGAACAAGCGCUACUACUAUAUUUGCCACGGUGUUGCCUCCCGGCUAGAUAUAGUAGUAGCGACCUUCCGGGGGACGCGCUACUGCUAAAGUACUCAGUAGCAGCGUUUUUCUUAGAAACUCGCUGCUGUUAAGUAUCACCACAACUAAUUAAGUUUAGUCCCAUACUGCUAAGCGAACAAGGUGUUUACCACCUUAAAUAUGUUACUUCUCAACCUAUCUCGAGCACUUGGUCUUCAUUGAACUAUAUGUGUAUGAUUUGUAGCUGCAAUAUGAAUCCUCGCCUGUACCUAUACAGGUACAGUGAGGAUUCAUGUUGACUAUUUAGAUUUUACACAAAAAGAUCAAUGAUGACCAAUGUAUAUUUUUGAUGUUUUCACAUUGCUUAGACUUACAACGUUUUUUCAGGACAAAGCGUUACUGAUUUUGGGAUAAACAAAAGAAAUAACUACUUCCAUUAGCAGUAGCGUUUUUAUGUAAAACGCGCUAUAGAUAAGUUAGCUAUAGCGCGUUUUCCUUACGAGCGCUACUGCUAGUUCGACUUAACCACCACCCCGGCUCAAAAUUUCGCUAAGUCCUCCUUUCCCCUGUUCCCCUACUCCUGUCGCGCCGCGCCGCCCGAGCCCGAGCCUCCCCUCACCGCCGCCGCCCGAGCCCGCCGCUGCUCUCGACCUCGCCGCCGCCGCCUGAGCCCGCCCAGGACCGCCGCCUCCUGAUCCCGAGCCCGCCCUCGCCACCCCUACCUCCGUUGCCAAGCACCUCCCCGCCAUCGUCUCUCCCCUCUCUGUAAAGCCCCCACCCCCUCUCUCU